AUGGCGAGGGGAAUAAGAAGGAAAUCAAUCCCAGAGUCAAUGGUGGUGGAGAUCAUCGCGAGACUACCUUUGAGGAGCAUUGCGAGAUUCAAAUCGGUGUGCAAAGAGUGGAGAUCGUUGAUAGAAUCGUCUUACUUCCGCAGCCUCUUCGUCUCUCUCCACCGAAACUCAUCUUCCUCCUCCUCCUGGUCACUUAUGUUCCCAAUGAAGUAUAAGAAUCCCAUCACCGAAGCUAUAGGGUUCCAUGGAUGCGAGAUUCCCAAAUCCCCAGCCUCUUAUUUAAUCCCUUUUCAACUGUAUCCCAAUCUCCCUCCUACCUUAAACUAUUAUUACUACGUAGACUCUUCUCACGGAUUGGUUUGGAUUGAAGUAAACCUCAACAAUUUUGAAACCAAAUCUUUCGUGGGUAAUCCAGUUAAGCAGGAAUGGGUUGAGAUCCCUCCGUCUCCACAUCCUCCUGCUAGCAUUCUGAUAAGCUGGCAGUCCCAAUGGCAUUCAUACAGAAGAGGAUCAGAUCGAGAAGAGGAGUGA